UGUUUCUAUUUGUAUCUGAGAGAUAUAGAUUGAUCUGUUUCUAUUUGAUUUACCCAUAUAGGUGAAGCUGUAAAUCGUUGGAUCAAAGAAGAAUUUAAUCGUUCAUCACGUGCCAAAUGUCUUAUUAUAAUUGGACCCACUGGUACAGGAAAAACAUCAUUUGCAAUAUCAUUACCUGGUCGCGUUAAUUACUUUCAAGAGCGAUGGAAUUUAGACGCAUGGAAUGAUUAUGCUCGAUAUUCGGUUUAUGGUGAUAUACCAUGGGAUGAUUUUGGUCCAAAUGAAUACUUUUACAAACGACCACAUCAAACGACAACAAAUCCAGAUCAAAGUCAAGCAUCAAAUGAAGAACCUAUAGGUGCAUCUGAUGAAUGGGAAAAAAUGAUUCAACGCUACCAACAAAAGCAUAAAAAAUAA